GCUUAGCAGAAGCCAUAGUAGGAGAGACUGAGAAGACGUUUUUCACCAUGAGUGUGUUAUCGCCUCUAGUUUUUGUUCCUGUGCUAGCUUGUUUUCUGCCUCUAAUGUCAGCAACGGUGGUUCAGGAUUUUAACCACAUAGAGAGGUGCAAGGACUCCCUGUACAUGGGGACACCACCACGCGGGUUCACCGACACUAAACUGAAGAAGAUCUGCCAACGUUACGCAGACCGACCUCGCUAUGUGACCCUGUACGACCCCAAAAAGCGGAUUCCAGUUUACUCAGCGUAUACCUUCAAGAAAACAGAGGGAGACAGACGUGUGGACUACCCUUGGAUGUACGAGCCACAGCUGGCAGAAGUCGAUGGGAAUGGGAACAUGCAGUCCUUCCCCACUGGCUACCUGCACAUGAAGUUCGAGGACAGCCAGGCAGUCCUGGAUGACUACUCUGACGUGGUCCUGUAUGAGAGAGGCCACCUGAACCCGGACCAGCACCAGUCCACGCCACACGACCGCGCCGCCACCUACACUCUGACAAACGUGGUGCCGGAGAUCCGCGAGUUCAACAUCGGGCCUUGGCGUGAGUACGAGGAGCGGAUUCGGGUCCGCCUCAACAACUUCUGCCGCGGCACGGCCUACAUCGUGACCGGAGUGACCACCAGGGGCAACAUGAUCCGCCGAAACAACCAGGACCGCGUGGCCAUCCCCGAAGACGUGUGGUCCGCUUACUGCUGCACUGAAUACGACCGCAACGCGCCGCACGACGUCCGCAUCCGCUUCCCGACCUACGGAGUCUUGGCCAAAAACGCCAAAGAGGGAAACAGCGUGCACGAGAUGCCGCUCCAGGAACUUGAGAUAUUUUUGAAAAGUAAUUUGGAUGUUGACCAGAACCUUCAGAUCUUUUAUGACAACUGCAUCUCUCCCUCACCCCUCCCUCUUUACCUCCAACAUACUAUCUGAGAGCUUAAACCUCCUGUGUGCACGUGGGUUUUUAUUACAAAUGCUAAUUUCUAAAUUUGCUUGCAGCUCCGUUAAGCCACCUACACAUGAUAAGCGAUUUGCUCUGUGCGCGCCGCUCCGACGCUACGAGAGCAAAGCGAAGCGCAGGUAAACGUCAUCAAGAGUGGCAGGGGAGAUAGGCUACUGCCCGUUGCUAGGAAACGACAUGCGGUUAUCUCAUUGGUUGUGCGUUCGAAAGGUCAGCGGCAACUAGGUUAAAAGUUACAAUAAUUUGAAUUUUGAGCGCAGCGCUAAGCGGCAGAUACGAGCGGUAGCGCAGCGGAGUGGGCGUCACCGCCCUCCCUAUAGGAAAUCAACGGAACGGCCGGCGCAAAGCGGGUUUGCCGCAUGUCAUGUGUAGACGGUUUAAUUAUAAAAACAAAAACAGAAAAGGCACAUUUUACAAGACAGCUGCUUUGUUAAGAGAGGGAUUAUAAAUGCCUGAUGCGCGGGAGGUUAUGCAAAUUGGCUCAUUCAAUAAAAUGUCUUAAUUAACUGUGA